AGCCCACAACUGUCUCAGUUCUCAGAGGACGCUGAGCUUCUGGGAGGACUUGUCUGAGAGUGGAGUUGGCUGGCUGUUUGUCCAUCCAACAUGGAACCAAAGCGGAUCAGAGAAGGCUACCUUGUGAAGAGGGGGAGCAUAUUCAACACUUGGAAACCCAUGUGGGUUGUACUGUUAGAAGAUGGCAUUGAAUUCUACAAGAAGAAAAGUGACAACAGCCCCAAAGGGAUGAUUCCCCUGAAAGGAAGCACACUGACCAGCCCUUGUCAGGACUUUGGCAAAAGGAUGUUUGUGUUUAAGAUCACUACGGCCAAACAGCAGGACCAGUUCUUCCAGGCAGCCUUCCUGGAAGAGAGAGAUGCCUGGGUUCGGGACAUCAAGAAAGCCAUUAAGUGCAUUGAAGGAGGCCAGAAGUUUGCAAGGAAAUCCACCAGGAGGUCCAUCCGACUGCCGGAAACCAUUGACUUAGGGGCUUUGUAUUUGUCCAUGAAAGACACUGAAAAAGGAGUCAGAGAACUGAACCUCGAGAAGGACAAGAAGAUUUUUAAUCACUGUUUCACAGGUAACUGUGCCAUUGACUGGCUGGUGUCCAACCAGUCUGUUCGGAAUCGCCAGGAAGGCCUCAUGAUUGCCUCCUCGCUGCUGAAUGAAGGGUACCUGCAGCCUGCUGGAGACAUAUCCAAGAACGCGGCAGACAGGGCUGCUGAGAACCCUUUCCUGGACAACGCCGAUGCCUUCUACUACUUUCCAGACAGUGGGUUCUUCUGUGAAGAGAACUCCAGUGAUGAUGAUGUGAUUCUAAAAGAAGAAUUCAGAGGGGUCAUUAUUAAGCAGGGAUGUUUACUGAAGCAGGGGCAUAGGAGGAAAAACUGGAAAGUGAGAAAGUUCAUUCUGAGAGAAGACCCUGCGUAUCUGCACUACUAUGACCCUGCUGGGGGGGAAGAUCCCCUGGGAGCCAUCCGCUUGAGAGGCUGUGUGGUGACUUCAGUGGAGAGCAACCUAGAUGGCAGGAAGACUGAAGACGAGAACCUCUUUGAGAUCAUCACAGCUGAUGAAGUUCAUUAUUUCUUGCAAGCGGCCACUCCCAAGGAGCGCAUUGAGUGGAUCAAGGCCAUUCAGGUGGCCUCCCGGACUGGGAAGUGAGGACACACCUGCAGGUCAUCACCCUCCUGAGGGAAGCCCACAGAUAAGCUCUGUCCAGAACCUGUCCCCUUCUGGUGACAAGUCAACAAAAAAGGGCCCGGGGGUGGGAAAUUGUCAUCUGCAGAGGUUCUGAAUGUACCUAACCACAUGCCAUGUGAUGUUUACUGCACCGACCACAUUGCUCACUGAAGCCUUUCUGCCACUCUCCAUGCCCCUCAAGCAGAUAUAACAAGCUAUGUGACCUGGGUACUUGGCUUAAUCUCUCCAGACCUCAGGUUCCUUUUCUGGAAAAUGAAUGAGUUGAACUAGGAGACCCCUGAGGUCUUCCCUAGCUUAAAAACUGAAAGCCUUUGAUUCUAAAACCCAUGCCAUCAAAGUGUCUCUCUCUAUUCAUCCAGCUGGUGGCUAAGUCUUGGACCUCAGAACCUGAGCCAACUCUUCCCUUUGAAACUGUUUCCACUCUGUACUAAGAGUAUGAGGGAUAAACCUCUUUUCCUGUUCACCACCUUCCCUUGCUCUUGGCCCUGAGAUGGUGUGUCAAAGCGAAGGGUAACCCCCUCCCUCCUCACUCUGCCCAGCAGUUUCCUGGGAGCCGGGCGCUGUGCUGGUGGCUUAUAGGUGGAAGCUUCCCAUGACUUAGUACAUCCUGGGACUUACGUUAUCCAAGAAAAAGACCUGAGGAAGGCAGGAAUGGCAGAAGGUCUUUUCCAUGUCCUGAAACCACCCACAGCACGUGUCACUUCUACUUGGGGCUGAUCUGAGAAGGCUUUUUUGUCCCUUUCUGGAGCAUUUCUCUACCAUUGAUUAAAAUGAGGAGGGGGAACUCCAAGUCUUCAAGAUUCUGUUUCAUUUGAAUGUUCUCAGAUAAAAGUGGCUAGAUGGAUUUGCACCUUGGGCUCUCUACAUGGGUGAGGAGCCUGGGCAGCUGCCUAGCUAAUGUGUCCCCACGGCUCCAGAGGUCACCAGGGCUGUAACCACAGGCUGGCAGAUGGGAUGAUUGGUUUAUACAAAGACAGCACUGGAAUGACUUAAAUGUACACCAGCCUCCUGGAGGAGGCUGUCAACAUUGUGCAGCACCUUCAGUUCUAUAGUUACUGAUACUGUGGUUGUGCCUGAGUGUUAAGCCCAGGCUAGAGCAGCUCCGCUUGGCUUUCCAGGGACCUCAUGAACCCAUUAUCAACCAGAGCCAUCUGCCCUACAUUCAGAUUCGGUACCUGUUUCCAAUUUUUGACUCUGUCCACUAACUAGUGAUUCUAAUACAAAAUUGAGAAAGAAACGGAUGUGUGUGAAGGUGUAUUUUCUAACUUCAGAUUUUCAAUUUUAAGUUUCCCAGUGAGGAAAGGAGGCUAGAAAAUUCUUCCUGCUUUCAUCAACUCUUCUCUUUCCCUUCCCCAAUUCCACAUGAUAUCCACGAGGCUAUUCCUACUCUCAGAUUACUUUACCAAUGGCCUACAGGUAAAAGGCCACCUGCUCUCUGAUUUGUUAGUAAAUUGUCUUCUUGGAACAUGCAUAGUAGGUUUUCUACAUUCAGUGUUUAAAGUAUUUAUUAAUGUGGAGUCAACUCUGUUUUGAAAUAAACAUGACCUUGUUUACUGUC